UUAAUAUUAAAAAAAAAUUUUUUUCCACAGUACUACUUCGGCAAUGUAAAUAUGCAGAGGGACAAAUUUCUCAUCGAGCAAGCGAAACUGGACGAAGGCUGGAUUCCAAUGACCGUUAUGUUAAAAUUUAAAAAGUUGGCCUCACUCAGCAGUAAUGUUGACACGAUUCUGAAGGCUUUGGAGACCAGCGAGCUCAUGGAGGUAUCUGAGGACAAGAAGAAGAUACGUCGCUCGCUGAAGCAUCCCUUGCCAGAAUAUAACGAGGGAUAUAGGAAAGCUCAGGAAGCUCGAACGGUUUAUGUCAAAGGCUUUUCGUUGACCGACACAACUAUGGACAAGCUGAUUGCCUUUUUCGAGCAGUACAAGCCAUACGAAACGAUUGUGAUGAGAAAAUAUCAAGAUAAAGAUAAAGUCUUUAAGUUCAAAGGAUCUGUUUUUGUGCAAUUUGAGACCCUUGAAAGCGCUAAAGCAUUUAUGUCUGUAGAAUCCAUCAAAUAUGAAGAGACCGAAUUGAUAAGGAAAUGGGCUGCGAUUUAUAAUGCAGAUAAAGCACAAGAGAAGGACGAACGUAGGAGAAAGAGAGCAGAUAAAAUGAAGAAAUCAACUACAGAAGAAAAGGAGUCGGAGGGCGAUGAAACAGAACAAAUAUCUACAGGGACAGAGAACAAAUUGCCAAAAGGUUCAGUUAUUUAUUUUUCUAAUGUUUCCAAGACCUGUACAAGAGAAGAUAUUAAAGAGUGCUUAGAUAAAUUCGAUGCCGAUAUUGCGUACAUCGAUUUCCAAAGGGGGAAUACGGAAGGCUGGAUACGUCUGCAGGGGGAAAAUGCCGCUAAACCUUUGUUAGAAAAGACAAACGAAGGCAAGGUGGUAAUCAAGGACAUUGAAGUUACCUGUAAACUUCUCGAGGGCGAGGAGGAAAAUAAGUAUCUCGCUAAAGCAAUGGAAGAUAUGGUAGCUUCGAAGAAUAAGUAUCAUAAGGCCAAGCGGGGUAAUAAGAAAGGACGUGCGCGGGGUACAAAGAAAAGAGGCAAUAGUCCCUCUCGUGAUGUGACUCCGGCUAAGAAGAGAGCUAUCGAUUGAGAUCGCUUCAUCCUGGCGGCUUCAAAAUCACAUAGUGUAUAUUUUACUGUAUUUUCAAUGCAUUCACAAUAUAUAGAAGAGAGAACCGCUAAAUUAUGCCGCAGGCAUAAUUUUAUUAUAUUAGAAACUAAUUUCAUUUCAACUUUUUGUUACAUUUUCUUUGAUGUAUGUAUAUUUUAGAUACUUCGAAAAUAUAGCCUCGUCUAUAUUUGAGUUAA